UUGUGGUCAGACGCGGGCGUUGUUUGAAAAGACAGGUGUAGUUGGCGUCGGUUUUGUUUUGCUUGUAUUUUCUUUGUGUAAACUUAAGUUAAAAAUGUACACACCCAAGCAGAAGAUCUUUGGCCAUGGCCGUGCACCCUCGCCGCACACCCCGAUCAGUUUCAGCCGAGAGUUGCGUCAAGUUCUGCAAGAAAGAAAUUUGCUCACAGCCAAGUCGCGCAGGAAAGUGUGCUCGAUGCUGGACAGCGCCUCCAGCAGUCCCAUUGGUUCGCCCAAUCCGGAUGCUGGCAAGCGCAUGGGCUUCCGUUUGCAGGCCAUACAGGAGAUUAUCACGUCGGAAAAGUCAUACUUGGAGCAACUGGAGCUGCUGAUGAACUAUUUCGUGCGUCCGUUAAAGGAGCAGGCCAUCAUCGACUGCUCCAACCAUACGUUGCUCUUCGGUCAGAUUGAGAUGAUCCACAAUUUGAAUGGAGAGUUUCUGCGAGAGCUGGAGGCCAACAUGGAGAAUGUGGCACAUGCCUUCCUCAAAAUGGCACCGUUCUUCAAGCUGUAUUCGGUCUACGCCUUCGAUUAUCGUGGUGCCCUGUUGAUUAUCCAGGAUUUGAUUCUGAAAAAUCCCGUGUUUAGAAAGUUUUUGGAGCAAACAGAGAGUCGUCCCGAGGUGCAGCGUAAGCUGAAUUCUUUGAUGAUCGUGCCAAUACAGCGUGUGCCCCGCUACAAGCUGUUGCUGGAGCAGGUCCUACUGUACACGAGUCCAGCGGAUGCCGACUACAAGUUGUUGAAGGAGUCUGUCAAAGAGAUCGAUGCCACUGCCGCGCACAUCAAUGCGUGCGUGGAGGAGCAGGAGGUUACCCAGUAUCUCAUCCAUUUGCAAAACUCCCUGGUGAAUCGCACACCAAACAUUGUCAAGCCCUCAAGGCGCGUGAUCAAAGAGGGGAUCCUCCAAAAGAUCACCCACAAGGGCACGGAAAUCAAGCGCUACUGUGUGCUCAUGUCGGACAUAUUUAUGUACUGCAAGCUCGUCAAGGAUCGGGCCCCAAACAGCGUCGUGGAGAACUCGCUUGAAUGCUGUUGCAUCUUUCCACUCAAGAAGUGCAAGGUGUUUGAAAUGCUGCCGGGCAACUUCAAAUUGACUUGCCAGAACGAUGGUAUUAUCUUUGGCAGUGGAGACUUACAGCUGUGCCGCACCUGGGUGAGUUUCAUACGCGAUGCCAUUGAUAUGCAUGUCCAGUGUCGCAAGACGCUGCGCAAGGACUCCAGCAAGAGGACACCUAUACGCAAAAAGGAUAUGAAGAAGUUCGGAGCUGAUUAUGUACUGAGUCCCAACAACAAGCGAAAAUGCGAGUACGAGACCGUUUUCCGCAAUAAGAAUCGCAGCACGGACUCUGAGGAUGAGACAGAGGAUACUGCUUGCUUUCCACGCAAACGCAAGGUGCCUAGCGCCAUCCUAAGAACUCCAAACACCGUCGGAAAUAUCGGAAAAUCUUCUUUAUAUAAAAAAACGAAUGGUUUGGCCCAGCCGCCACCACCACCACCACUGCCACCUGUUCAGUUGCGCCAUCAGCCGGGGACAGUGAGAAACUCCGUCUGCAAAGAGAAUCGCAUAUCCAAGCUGUACAAGAAGAUUGCCACAGGCGAUAAGGUUGCCAAUGUGCGUGGCAUACUGAAACGCAGCAAUGUGCCCGCUACGAGCUCUGACCACGAUCCCACCUACGGUUUUGCCAGUCGCUACUCCGACUCUAAAUCGUACUUUCGGGCUCACAACGUGGACAACACCAUACCCAGAGUAGUGAAGCGCGAGGAUCUGUUUAAUGGGGAAAAUAUGUUUUCUAUAAAUUCAGGCGGUGGCAGCCAGGCUUUAGGGCAGCGGAAGCAAGGCCAAGAAGAGAUGCUUUCACCGCCACAAAGAAAGCGGGUUAAGUUCGAUGACACCUUGGAUGAACUCUCGCCGGCUAAUGAGCAGAAACCUUUUGCCUUCACAAGCAGUACUGAAGCCGCUCCCAAGGCCACAUCCUUGCGCGAACGCAUCUAUGAUUUCUUUGCCAAUCUAUUCUAGAAUUAGAUCAGCGUAAACAUAAUCGUCGCAUUCAUCUUUUUCAUCAUCAAUAAAAACAUUUACAA